AUGACCGAAGAGAAAGUGGCACCACUUAGCUAUUUCCUUGUUCAGUUGUUCCAAGCAGAUGGGCACCGCUUGACCACUUACGCCAGUGGCAAACUCUUCUCUAGGUGGCUUGCAAGCAUACAUAAUAGAGAUGCCAAUGACAGAGGCAAAACUUUGCCAGAGGAAAAGCAGAACUUGGUCAGGGACUUGCCUGAAUUCUGGAAACUGUGCUCGAGAAUGCAAGACAUUGUAAAAGGCUGUUCACGGAGCUUGUCAUGCACAGUUCCCAGGAUUUGCAUGUUUCUGUUACUUCAACUGUUAAUCAAGUCUUGA